UGCCAGUCCCCCCUCCCAGUCGGGGCCAGGCCAGGCCAGCUCCUCUGGCAGCAGAGGGGCAGGUGACAGGCAGGCAUCGCAGCUGAGAGAGUCAGGAGGCGCCUGGGAAGCGGAAACCUGGGAGAAGUCCAGCCAGAGCCCAAGAGCCAGAACUACCCCUCGACCUGGGCACCAUGGGGGAGAUGGAGCAGCUGAGACAGGAAGCGGAGCAGCUCAAGAAGCAGAUUGCUGAUGCCAGGAAAGCCUGUGCCGACAUCACCCUGGCUGAGCUUGUGUCUAGCCUAGAGGUGGUGGGACGAGUCCAGAUGCGGACACGGAGGACAUUAAGGGGACACCUGGCCAAGAUCUAUGCCAUGCACUGGGCCACUGACUCUAAGCUGCUGGUAAGUGCCUCGCAGGAUGGGAAGCUGAUCGUGUGGGACACUUACACCACUAACAAGGUACAUGCUAUUCCACUGCGUUCCUCCUGGGUCAUGACCUGUGCCUAUGCACCAUCAGGGAACUUUGUGGCAUGUGGGGGGCUGGACAACAUGUGUUCCAUCUACAGCCUCAAAUCCCGUGAGGGCAAUGUUAAGGUCAGCCGGGAACUCUCGGCUCACACAGGUUAUCUCUCCUGUUGCCGCUUCCUGGAUGACAACAACAUUGUGACCAGCUCUGGAGACACCACGUGUGCCUUGUGGGACAUUGAGACAGGACAGCAGAAGACGGUGUUUGUGGGGCACACUGGAGACUGUAUGAGCCUGGCUGUAUCUCCAGACUACAAACUUUUCAUUUCGGGAGCUUGUGAUGCCAGCGCAAAGCUCUGGGACGUGAGGGAAGGGACCUGCCGCCAGACUUUCACUGGCCAUGAAUCAGACAUCAAUGCGAUCUGUUUCUUUCCCAAUGGAGAGGCCAUCUGCACUGGCUCAGAUGAUGCCUCCUGCCGUCUCUUUGACCUGAGGGCAGACCAGGAGCUGACUGCCUAUUCCCAUGAGAGCAUUAUCUGCGGCAUCACAUCAGUAGCCUUCUCGCUCAGUGGUCGCCUGCUCUUCGCAGGCUAUGAUGACUUCAACUGCAAUGUCUGGGACUCUAUGAAGUGUGAGCGUGUAGGCAUACUCUCUGGCCAUGACAACAGAGUCAGCUGCCUGGGGGUCACAGCUGAUGGCAUGGCUGUGGCCACUGGUUCCUGGGACAGCUUCCUCAAAAUCUGGAACUAAGGAGGCUAGAGGAAGAGAGGCGGGAAGCCAUGAAGAUUCUCAGCUGCUUCCUCCUAUCCCCAUCCCUUUAGGGUCAGUCUUCUAUAGCCCAGGGGCCAUUCCCAGUCAACUUCCUUUGGAGAGCAGUAGGGAUUAUGGGAGUGUGCCUUUGGAAGCAUCAGGGACACAAGGGCAAAGAACUGCCCCACUUCCUCUUGUGGCCUCCCCUUUCCACAGUCCUCACAGCUUCCCUUAAUAAACAAGAACAGACCCUCCCUCAGCCCCUAGAGUCCUCCUGAGCUACCAGCAGCCUUUGCCCAGACCUGGAACGGCCAGGGUGCUCAGCUCAUGAUUCUGGGAUGUCACUACUAGUCUCCUGGCCCUGCAUACUUUCUCCUUUUCUACCCUUUCCUCCCCUCUAUUAUUACCUAAUAAAAUGUAACAUCCUGUGA